CCCUCCAUUGUCUCCACGGCGGCGAGGAGCGCCGGCGAGCGCAGCCCGGGACCGAGCGGGGCGGAGCGGCUGGCGGGGCUGGCGGCGGCUGGGCUAGAGCGCGACGCGACGCGACCGCGGUUUCCCGAGCUCCGCCUGGCCGCCCAGCGCCGCAGCCCGCCCGAGGCCUGGAGGGGUCCGGGCCGGCGUCCAUGGUCGCGGCGACCUGAGGAGGGGGACGCGCCCGGCGCCCCCAGCCCUCCUCUGCCUCCUCCUGUCCGGCGGGCGGCCUCCUCCGGCGCCUCCCUGCGCCCGCCCGCCGCCUCCCUCCCUCCUUCCCUGCGGCUCCCCCGGCUUUCGGGAGCCCGGGGGCGGCCUGUGGCGCGCCGAGACCGCGCCGGACUGCGCCUCUUUGGACCUUGAGGGGAAACAUGCGUUUGGCUUGGAUCGUUUUAAAUUCUUAGUUUGGGAUCCCCGCCCGCCUGCCUCUUCCGCCCCGCGGGUUUUCUUUCCUUUUUUCUUUUUUUCCCCUUUUUUUCCUCCCGGUCUCCUUUUUGACUCCCUCCCCCUUUAUGCUCGCCCAACCCUCCCCCCGCUGCUGAGAAGUGGGGGAGGGUCUCGGCCUCCAGGUUCCCGCCCCACCGGGGCCCGGGCGAGCAUGGGGGGCAAGCAGAGCACGGCGGCCCGCUCCCGGGGCCCCUUUCCGGGGGUCUCCACCGAUGACAGCGCCGUGCCCCCGCCGGGAGGGGCGCCCCACUUUGGGCACUAUCGGGCGGGCGGCGGGGCCAUGGGGCUGCGCAGCCGCUCGGUCAGCUCAGUGGCGGGCAUGGGCAUGGACCCCAGCACGGCCGGAGGGGUGCCCUUUGGCCUCUACACCCCCGCCUCCCGGGGGACAGGCGACUCGGAGAGGGCGCCCGGCGGCGGAGGGUCUGCGUCCGACUCCACCUAUGCCCAUGGCAAUGGUUACCAGGAGACCGGCGGCGGUCACCAUAGAGACGGGAUGCUGUACCUAGGCUCCCGAGCCUCGCUGGCGGAUGCUCUACCUCUGCACAUCGCACCCAGGUGGUUCAGCUCGCACAGUGGUUUCAAGUGCCCCAUUUGUUCCAAGUCUGUGGCUUCUGAUGAGAUGGAAAUGCACUUUAUAAUGUGUCUGAGCAAACCUCGCCUCUCCUACAAUGAUGACGUGCUGACUAAAGACGCGGGUGAGUGUGUGAUCUGCCUGGAGGAGCUGCUUCAGGGGGACACGAUAGCCAGGCUGCCCUGCCUGUGCAUUUAUCACAAAAGUUGCAUAGAUUCGUGGUUUGAAGUGAACAGAUCUUGUCCAGAACAUCCUGCGGACUGACCCUGCUGGGCUCGCUUGCUGACUCCUCUCAAAGGCUUGGCGCUGCAGGCGAGUGAAGUGGUCCUCAGAGCAGUCAUGCCUGGGCAGGGGGACCUGGCAGGUCACACCCGAGUCCUUCAGAUUUACUGACCCUCCCAAGCAUCAUGGAGUCCAUCUGCCAUCACCUGUGGCGUGGCUGUGACAGAACUCUUCAGGAAGGAUCUUCGGGGGCAGAGAUCGCACAGCCAGCGGAGGCUGCAAGGAUGCGGAUUCCUCCAGGUAUUGGCCCAACCCCCUCACUCCCCCACCCCCACCCCUGCCUUCCUUCAUCCUCCGCUCCCCGUCCCACGUCCUGUCCUGCCCUGCCUGUUGCUCAGUCUACAUCUCAGUGCUGACUCAUGGGCAUGCUUCAUUGAGGCCCAGAAAGAGGCCCUGUUUGGGGCCGAGCCAGCUCAGAGCCCUUGAACUGGAACCAGCCACUCAGGGCUCACAAGAGUUGGCACACCUAAAGCCGGGCGGGAAGCUCAGGGCAGGGGGAGUGGCGCAUGCCCAGCCUCUGUCCCCGGGCCAGACCAGCUCCUGGAGCAGCAUUCCGGAGCCUCCUGCAGAGCCUGUGAAGGAAAACUCCGGAGGGAGAUGCCUCAAGCUUCUCUGCUCCAACCCCUCCUCGGGCCCCUCUUGUGCUCGGCGGGCUGUCCAACAUCUGUCAGAUGCUUCCUAAAGCACCUACUCUGGGCAGGGGCCUUGCGGGCCAGGGGGCAAACGUGAACUGGGGCACAGGCACGCUCAGCACAUUCGGAAACGCCAAAGAAGACCUUGUGGGUCUGAGCCUGGGCCUUAGCAUCAUGGUGGGGACCCCGGGGACCGACCGUCGCUACGGUGACAAGAACAUGAGCUCCAAACGGUCUGCGUGUGGGCUCCUCUGUUGGGCAGAAUGAUCUCAGAGAAACAACUUUGUUCUUCUGAACUUCAGUUUCAAUCACAUGUGAGUGGGGACAGUCACACAGCUGGGAGGUGACCGUGAGGGUCAGAGAAUGUGCCCGGAAGCCCCUGGCACAUGCGUAGUAGGCUCCCUCAUAGCUCUGUCAUCGCAGAGAGCACUGUUCUCUUCACAGCACCUCCCGCUUCUGCCUGGCAACUGUGUCUCCCUGUUCUAAAUUUAAUUCCUCCAGCAAAGCCGGCCCCGAAGAUCUCCUUGCCUGACCCCUGGGCCUGUAGGCAGAGGCCUUUAUGACCACCUUGGUGGCUUGGCCCUGGGUGAGCCAAACGGUCGGUCGUGACCCAGUGGGGCAGGCUGGAGCCCACGCCGGGCGGGCCCUAUUCCAGGCUCCCGGGGCUGGUGCCUGUCCCCACCCCCCAGUGACUUCCACUCCCACCCGGCACAUGGCAGCCCUCUGCUGGCUGCACUGGCCUCCAGAAUUCACCCGGAUUGCAGGCCCCUCGGGCGGGGGUGGAACAGGCUAGUCCCAGCUUCCCAGGUAGGCCUGGUCUCUGUCAUGCUCCUUCCGGGCCGCUGUCUCUCUUUCUGGGCGGGCAGGGAGUCAGCUGGAAUCUCAAGGUGACUUCCAUCCCCCUCUCUCUGCUAAGGGCUCAGCACGCUUUGGAGGGGGGAGGGGGGCUUCCCGGGCAGUUGCACCUUACUAAGACCAUCUAGUAGCCCUUCAACGGUGUUGAGGUUUUUAAGAGAAAGUCCUUAUGCUUAGGAGAUAGGUGCUGAAUUCUGCAGGUAAAUGGUGCCAAGAAGUGUGUAACUCCACUCCAGAUGGCUCUCCAGAAAGUACACACACAAAGAAAAUAAGGCAAAAAUAGUCACUUGAAUCUUCAGGGGCUGGUAUUUCAGUGAACAGUGUGUUUGUUCUUUCAUCAAAGUAGAUCUCUGCCCAGUAAGGGGAGAAGC